AGUUUUAUGUGUGAAACAAAAAGACAGCUGCAAAAUAUCAUUGCUGACAGAAUAAUUGACAAUCCUGGAUCCGAAACUCAUGCAAAACAUUUUUUGAAGAGAGUUUCAAUGAGGCCGACUGAAAUACUUUUGCAUGGGAGAACAACAGUGAACAAUUAUUCUUUCUUGAAGAUUGCUCUCCAAAUACUGACCUACACAAUCAUUAUCGUUCAUUUCAAGAAGAUGCUCACAAACGCGCAGAACACAGCAGGGAUCUUCUAACAUGAUUUUCAAUGUUUGAAAAAAUAUAAUCAAUGAAAUUUUAUUUCUUCUCUACUCUCUUCCCUUAAAAAGCUUGAAGGAAUAAACUAUUAGUUCUAAACUUGUUCUACGAAUUUUAUCUGACUUAUAUUGCUAUCAUAAUAUAUAUAAUUCUUUGCUCAAACGUAUUUUACAAAAUGCGUGUCUUCUUAAAUACUUGGGCUCUCUUAUCAAAUUGAAUAAAGUUGAAAAAUAUUUUAUUUUCUAGAUUCCUUAUUAUUAUAAUAAUAACUCUAGACCUAUUUUUUGAGAACACGUAUACAAAAUGAGAAUUCCUUUACAAAAAUGGAUAGAUUUACUAUAUUUAGGAAAAAUUCCACACCAAUUACAAAAUAAUUAAAUUAAAUCAUUAUUCAUUUGCUGUUUUCAUUGAAAAAGAUUGGAUGUAAUAGUGUGAUAAUCGCAAGAGGUUGAUGUAUCCGAAAUUGGAAAAAAAUUGGUAGCUCCUUCCAAAUUAUAGAAGUUAUAUCUCUGUUUUUUUACCUAUUAAAUUUUUCUUUUGAAGAAUCCUUCAUUAUUGCAAUAAAUUAGCAUGAUAAUAACAGUAAUCUCAUCAGACAAGUAGUUGUUAUGCUCAUCAAUAAUUAUAGCCUACUUCCAAUUCUCAUGCGCAUGAUAGAUUGGAAUUGUCUGACUAGAAUCUUAUCAAGAUCAGAGCUCGUCCUUUUAAGGUGAAAGUAAUCAACAUGUUGGGAAACAAAUGAUUAAAACACGUUAUUAUUACCUUCUCCAGAACCUUCAUCACGCAAAAAGCCAUCAACAUGCUAUGAGAAACAACAGAAAUUUGUUGUGGACUUAGUCAGAUGCUAUCCGAACUCAGUGAAAGUAGAACAUUCAACGACAUGUCAGAGUUUAUGAGAAAAGUGUUUAGAAGAUAUCAUAUUUGUUUUAUUCUACUCGGUUAUAAAAGGAAAACGUCAAAAUCCAAUUCGUUAUUCGAUAUUUUAGUGGAUAUUUAUUGUUUGUCGAUCAAUGUGUGCUUCGCGGUUCUGUUCUUUAUAUUCGGCUGUCAUCAUUUCAUAGCUUGCUAUAGCAUGCUCACAUCCACAGAAACUGCUAUAUGGUUUUCUAUGCAUUGGCUUACAUACGACUUCAGCUUGGGAAUCUAUUAUUUUAUGACAAUUUUUCAAAAUAUAAUCAUGCGCAGAACUUUUGAUAAUAUAUGCGAUUGCUUAGAAAAGUGCUACAUGUUUGAAAGAUGUUACAAAACUGAUACAGGAAUUGAACUGGUUAUGUUGAAACGUUCGGUCAUACCAUUAAUUACUGUGUACACGUUUCUUAUUUAUGUUGUUGAGAUUGCCAUAAUGAAUAUCAUUAAUCACUUUGGAUCACAUAAACUUGGUUGGAGUGUAACCUUGCAAUAUUUUAUUUAUUUUUACAUCCUAUUCUUAAAAUCAAUAACUGAUGAUAUGUGGUACACAUAUUAUACCGGUUUAGCAAAUGCUGGAGAACAACUCAUGAGAGAUUUUGAAGGCGAUCUCUGUUUGACAAACUUUCACAAAGAUCUCACUAUUUAUAAGACUCUAUGGAGGAAGUUAUCUCAGUUGAUGAAUGGAUUUUCCAACGUUAUGGAUCUGUGCUAUGCACUAACUCUGACAGCUGACUUGAACAUUCUUUUCCUUAACCUCUACACUAUAUAUGAUGUCUUUGAGAGUUCAUUCUUCAGCCAGGAGAAGGAGCAAAUCGCAGACUAUGAACCAGAAGAAAUUGUAGAUUUUGUGGGGCUCACAUGUUUUAUUGGCCUGUCGGUCAUUCGCUUCUAUAUUAUAACGUCUUCAGCACAUGGAGCAAUGAAACAGGUAAGAGACAACACGAAAAGGAAAUUAUUAAAUUUGAUAUCAGAAAUUCAAAUCAGUAAUCCUGGGAAAGAACAGCAGGUGAAGAAAUUUUUGGCAAAAGUAUCAAAUACUCCAGUAUCUAUACGAUUAUCAGGAUUUGAAGUGAACAACUCUUUGUUUAUAACGAUAAUACUACAAUGGAUCUACUACACUAGCGUGUUGAAACAGUUCCAGAGCUCGACUCCAACAAUUCCCUACAAUUCAACCUGUCACUACGGGGACCAUCUAUUCAAUAAGCAAUGAGAAUAUUGAAAAAAGAAUUAUAUAAAAAUUCUAAGAAGGCAAUAUAAGAGCCUAUAAUAUAGAUAAUAUACUGUUGAUUGAUAGCGAUUGUCCUGUGUGUAGAAUCUGUCAAAUGAUUAUCUUAAUGAGAUCCAAUGAUGUA